AUGACAAUGGCGGUCAAAGAGUUGCCACCAUUGAGGUCAACGCCCGCAAUUGAUCGCCUGCGGGACGCAAAGCGACGUUUUGCUCUGAAUGAAAGCCAGUUUUCGUCAAGUCGCUUGGGUGACAGGUGGAGCGCCUCCCCGCGGAUGACUGCACAGGAGUCAUCUCAGAAGCAGCCGUGCACAAGUAGUUCUUCUUCGGCGGCAAACGCUGCAACGAAUGGAAGUGGAGGGCGGCGGGAAGGAACACGUCAUGCCACACUGCCCUUCUCGGGUCUCUCGAGCAUCCAUCGUCACGUCGUAGGAGAUUCCGAUACAAACAGCCUCCUAACAUGGACCCUUUUUGACUCUAACUGUCGUAACACGCCGCGUGGCUCAGCGCCAAUAAUGACGGGUGUGGAUUUAACGCCGACAGUUGCGUCGUCUUUUGGAGUGCCCGGCAGCGAGGAGGCAGGCAGCACUGCUCCACAAGUGGUGGGUUCAUCGGGUGAUGGUGCCGACAGCGGCAGGGUUUUUGGCUCCGACGGCCCUGCCGCGAUGCCAACAGCGUCAUGCGAGAAGCAAAAACACUAUGUGAGUGACGUGCCGACACACGAUAUCUAUAGACAGCGUUACAAUUCACAACGCGUGGAGAUGUCAAGGCGGGAGGACGACUACCGCCGAAGGCGCGAUGCGAACCGCGCAGAGGUUGCGCAGCUCAUUUCUCACACAACGCGACUGGGGUGCAUGAUGAAUCUGCAGCGACAGAUCUACAACGAGAUAAUGAAGAGGCCGUUGAGGACGCUUGCAGCGACGGAGCCGGUAAUGAACACCGCCGCACCACUCCCAUCAAAACGCUCGAGUUUUCCCCCACUGUUUCUCUCCAUCAGGAGGGAGGCCGAGGGGGAGGCCAGUGACCCCACAAAAGUGGAAAGCGGGGUGCAGGUUGCAUUAAAACUUUUGAAGUCUAGGUUUGCUUCUGGUUGCUAUUUGUCAACUAAUAUGUAUAGCAAACCACUUUUCAGCGUGCCAGCAGCUGCUCCGACGUUGGAGACCCCACUAGAAGCUGCGGGGGAGUUGCCGUCAGCAGCAGGGGCCAAAUCCACAGAAAAGGUGGUAGGGAGUGGGGGCGAAAAUGAAAAGAGUCAUAACGACGACAACACCAAACGAGAGUGCCGUGGCGUCAAUGAGGAGUUUGUCCAUGCAUCAUCAUCACCACAUGAACAUGAGGAGGCCGUCACGUUUCAUUCAAGCCUGGUCAUGGAUUCUGCCACAGCACCGACAAUGAUAUAUGAAAGUUGUAUUCAUCAUGCAAGUGGACGAAAAGAGGAAGAAAAUCCUACAUCUGCCAGUCAGCGUCGUGACUCAUCUGAAACGCUUUUGACGGAAGAAGAACAGCGUGGCUUGAGGCUUCUUUCAACCGUUCGCGGGCUUCGUCGUCAGACGGAGGAGCUUACUACUGCCGUACUUCACGCCGCAGGUGAAUGGGGCUGUUGGGAUUCACCGGGCACAAGUGUAUUUCGUGGACUUUUUUUGUCGCCAAGGACGGCCAUGUGUAUUGUAGAGGAGGAAAAGGCGGCAGAAUUGCGCUUGAUGCAUAUGGCGGCAUUGGAGGAGGCAGCGAGGGGCGGGGUGCAUCCCGUUACGGCGGCCUUGCGCCAGCAAUGCCCGUUUAGGCGUUCGCUACCGCCUCCUCCAUCCGUCUUGGUGCAGAUGGAGAUGUUUAAUUUGCCCGGAAUGAGGCGACAAAUAAGACGGUGCCAAGAACGACAACACCACCAACGGCAGCGGCAGGAGGAGGCAAAUGCGAAGGAUGGCAAUACUAGGGAAGCGAUCUGGCGGCCAUUUGCUCAGCAUGUUCUUUUGCCAGAAGCAGCGGAGCACUUCAGCAAGACGGAGGAGGAAGCAGAAGAACGAGGCAAGCAACGGCUGCAACAGUCUCCAGUUUGUGUGGAACAGGAUGCCGACCCGGUAGACGCCCCGGUGGAUGUAGGGCCUCCUUCCCAACUUGCAACAAAUUUAACAGGCAUAAAAAUGGGGGAACAGCACAAUCAUCGAAGCUCGUUUGCUUCUUUGAAGCCGAGGCAUGUCCAUCUUUUUAUAUCAUCUUCCUCUUCGUCGUCAUCGUCAUAUGAAUUUUCUUUUUCUUCCUCGUACUUAGGUUCCCAAAGCUCCACGGAGGAUGGAAGACAGACUGCCUCUGCUUAUUCUUACGCCUCAUCUGCACUUCUUUCUACCAACAUGAAAUUUUCGGUUGCGGCGCUGAGUGAGGGGGAAGAAAGUGCAUCUGAGGCGCAGAGGGGGAUUAUUAAGGAGAGGAAGAAGGAGAAGGAAGAGGAGAGUGAGAUGAGGAAAAAGGAGAACAUUCCUUAUAAUUCCCAAAGGGAGGUGCUUCCGCUGGACCGGAGAGGGUUGGCAAUGACGAAAUCAAGUGAUAAACCCACAAGUACUUCAUUGGGGCCACAGGUUGCGGAGGAAUUGAGUGGCACCGCUGUUGUCCCCAUCUUUCGGGCUGAGGCGGCCUGCGAGCAAUCACAUCGGGGCAACAAGGAGCGGAAGAGCCUGGCGAAACGCUUACUUUCUUUCUUUGGUGCUUGCUCUUGUGGUGGGAGCCGUGGCACUACUGUGAGCGGGCGGAAGCGGAGGAGUGCAGCUUCAUAG